CUGGGAGAACGCCUUCUCAAUCAGAAAUAGUGUUCAAGUGUAAAAGAUUCUGGGCCUUUUGGAGAGAAAAGAUUGUAGGCUUCCGCAAAUAACCAAUAUGAAGGAGAAAAGGCGUGGAAAAGCCGGUUGUAAAACCAUGUACAAGUACCAAAAAAAAGCGCGUGCUUCACCCAAUGGCUUCCUGAACUUCUUAAGAGAAUACAAAAGGCGGUGCUGUGGAUUGCCUCCACGGGACAUAGCACACUUUGGAGCCAGGCAAUGGAAUAGGCUGUCCCUGAGUGAAAAGCAACGCUUUCAAAACAUGGGAGAACCUGUAAUCGUUAUAAAAAACCCACCCAAAACGUUUGGAAGUCACUCUACUGUUGAAGUCUCUCAUCGGGAUGGAGCCUGUUCAAGGCGCUCCCCAUAUGCCCGCCAGAAGGAAUCUUUCAAGAAAAGGAUCCCUCGAAAAUCCACAAAAUGUCAGCAGAAGCCGAAAGCAAGCUCUUUGCAAAGCAGACGAGACCCGAAUCCUUUAGGCUCUGCGAAUGCCUACAUACAUUUUAUUCGCAAGUUUCAAAGAUUGUACCCCAAGUUCGAGUCCAGGGAUCUAUUGAAGAAAGCAACCCGUCUGUGGUGCCGCCUAGAAGGAAACCAGCGCAAACAAUUCGAGCGGCACCUUUGGAUUAUAAGAACUGGUUAGGAAACUCUGUUAGGUCCCAUUAUGAUGUGUUUAAAUUUAAAGUGGCUAAUAGGAUUUUGUAAGCCGAAUAAAAUGCAUUAAAAAACACUUUCGCCCAAAUCGAAAUCCA